AUGGCUGCAUACAGGACAGUGUCGAAUAUUGCAGUGAAGCAGAGCCCACUGCCCCUGUGCUGGACAUGCAGUGGCUCAAGUCUGCGCUUUCAGGUUCAGUUUCAUGGUCUCGCCGGCAGCCCUGGCCGGCAGGCGCGGACCCAGCCGCGGGGCCCGGACGGCAGGGCCCUCUGGGGGCCCCGGAGUUGGGAGGCGGCGUCCGGGAGCCCCCGGAGGAGAAUGGGUUGCAGACACAGCAGGCUGAGCUGCUGCAAAGCCCCCCAAAAGAGACGCCAAGAACCAGAUCAGCCGCCCAGACCAGAGCCCCAGGAACUGGGUCCCCCCAAUGGGGACACAGCCACAACUGUCCAGCUGUGUGCGUCGGAGGAGGCUGAGCAGCACCAGAAGGAUAUAACCAGGAUUCUCCAGGAGCAUGAGGAGGACAAGAAGAAAUGGGCACAACAGGUGGAGAAGGAGAGGGAACUAGAGCUCCGAGAGAAACUGGAGGAGCAGCGCAGAGUCCUGGAGGGAGAACAUGAGGCAGCCCUGCAGGUCCUCCGGACCUCAUGCGAGCAAGAGAAAGAAGCCCUUUCCCACUCCUUUCAGGAGGCCAAGGCGGCCCUGCAGGAGACCAUCGAUGCAUUGAACUCACAGCUGGAGGACUUCCGGGCCAAGAUGAAGAGGGUAGAGGAGUCCAUUCUGAGCCGAGACUAUAAGAAGCACAUCCAGGAUUACGGGAGCCCCAGUCAGUUCUGGGAGCAGGAGCUGGAGAGCUUGCACUUUGUCAUCGAGAUGAAGAAUGAGCGUAUUCACGAGCUAGACAAGCGGCUGAUCCUCAUGGAAACGGUGAAAGAGAAAAACCUGCUGCUGGAGGAGAAGCUGUCCACCCUGCAGCAGGAGAAUGAGGACCUCCUUGUCCGAGGCCGCAAGCAGACAGUCGUGUCCAGGCAGCUCUCGGACGACCUGCUUCUCGCCCACGAGGCCCUGGAGAAGGAGUCGCAGUUACGGCGACAGCUCCAGCAGGAGAAGGAGGAGCUGCUGUACCGGGUCCUUGGGGCUGAUGCCGCCCCUGCCUACCCCCUGGCCUCCGUCACUCCCACUGAGGUCUCCUUCCUGGCCACAUAGGCUCCAGGCCUGGGCAGCCAUGACGCCUGUGGUCGCAGCUCCCUGUCCAGGACGUUCCGGAGAAGACGGCAGGGGCCUCUCGUUCUGCGCCCAGGAGGGGACGAGGGCGGGAGGGCGAUGGGAACCGGGGUGUGUGCCCAGCGAGCCCCAGGGGCUUGGGCCACGCAGUCACCCAGGGGGCCCAGAGGCCCUGGGAGGCCCUCCGCUGAGUUGGCCCAGGAACGAGCAAGAGGAGCCCUUUCCUCCCUCCCCUCUCUCUGUUCACGCCGGGGAGUUCUGAGGCUUUGUCCAGGGGAGCCUGUGCCACUUUGACCUCGAGACAAAGAGGACACCACCUCCCGGUCCUCACUUGUCAGCUUGGCUGCCGGCUCACCAGCUUACCCCUAGACGCCCCCCUUGUGCCUUGGCCUUCUCUCGGCCUCAGUUUACCGCUUCUCUGAAGCCGUUGGGGAAACUGAACAAAUGACUCUUACGUUACUACAGUGUCCCAUUCUAGGGUCAGACUAGGAGCUGCGGGAUGGGGGAGGAAGUGGGCCAGACCCUGUGAAUCAACUGGGGCAAGUGAAUGGCUGGGAGGGGGGUCACUGGCAGCCCUUGAGGCUGGCCGUGCCAGGGGCCAACCCAGCCAAGGCAGGGGCCGGGCAGGGCAACGGACAGGCCACUGCUCCUGGUCCCACCCAGAGUCUGGUCAGCCCAGGGGUGAUGGCUGGAGUGUCUCCCCCUUGACCAGGCAAAGGUCACUCCUCAGCCCUCCAGAUCCCUCAGUCUCAGUGCCCCGUGGGCACAGGGGCACCGGGCAGGUCUGAGUACGCUCCAUGGCCGAAGCUGGGACCUCAUCUCCAUACAGAGAUGAAACCUAAGUGGGGAGUGGGACUCCCAAGGCCUGGACUGGGACCUCAUCUGUCAUCCAGGUCUUAUCUUGUGCUUUUUCUUUCUCCCCAGGCUCUGGGAAGAUCAGAUCUGUGACAGUCUUUCUCUUCCUUCCUCUUUCUACUGGCCCCACCCACUUCCUUCUCUCUUUUACUCCUGCUUGCGUCUUAACUCCUCCCCCCACCCCUGAUCCCAGGCCCCCAGAACCUAGCUCUCCGCUUCCCCCCCCAGUUCAAAGGGGUGGCUGCAGGAACUAACUCCAGCAGGCCUGUCUAGCCCUGACAUCUGGGGACUUAAGAUUCUCUCAGGAAGCUUCGGGUCAGCUGGAGGCCAUAAUAACAACCUUGCCUUGCAUGGCGCAUUCAGGCACACCACCCUUCUCUGAUAUGCAUCACCGCCUUGAAGCCAGUUCUCACCCCUCUUCAGCCCUGAAGCAGACUGAGAUCAUAGGAGCCCAAGGGCCUUGCCUGAGGCCUCUGGCUCCAGCCCCCCAGCCCUGGGCCAGCACCUAGGAAAAGUUAGCCCACUAGAGCUGCGGUUUCCUCCAUCGUUCCUGACUGCCUUCCGCAUUCUCUGCCAUCCCAGGCAGCCUUCUCUGUCCAUUUCCAGUUCUGGGAGUUCAGCAGGGCCUGGGGCUGCUUCUGGGGCUGCUUCUGCAGCCGUGGGCAAACAGGUCACCCGGGAGCCUUGGGGCAGCUCUGGAAUGAAUCUCACACACACACACACACACACACACACACACACGUACGUCUCCACCUGACCUUUCGCAAAGCCUAUCGGGGACACACUAGUUCAUUGGACUCUAAUAGGGAAAAACAAGAAAAGAAUUGGUGGCCAAGCACUUUGAGAAACUCCAGGUUCGAUCAGAUUAAACAGAUAUGCAAACUGCA